AUGUCACGGGGUCCUGCGGAUCCAUUCGCGGACCGAAAUAAUCUCAUAGAUUUGAACGGUCGACCCGGCGAAUCCUAUCCUGCCGCCAAUGAUCCCUACAACUACGACAAUACCACUAGUCUGAACAACCACAAUCCUGCCAAUCCGUUCGAUGACUAUCUUGUGCUCUCGGACGAGGAAGAAAGCUACUACGGCCGCAAUUAUCCUUCGUAUCCAUCUGCGGCUGCACCUCAGCCUAUGCUCAACACAGAGGAUGAACCUUCACUCCCACAAAAGAAAGGAUUGUUUUCCCGGUUCACGCCCAACCUCGGCCUGGCCCUGGGCGGUCUGUACGUCGGUAUGGAUUCUGACAAUGGGCCCAGCGUGAACAAGGAGCCUCGCCAGAAAUUCGACCUAGGGGCCAAACUCAGCGGGUUGUUCAAGAAGAAGAACAAAGACAACAGUCAAUUGGGACCCAGACAGAUCCACAUUCUUGAUCAUUCGCGCAACGCGCCGCAUGGCUAUUUCGGCAACCACAUCUCCACCACAAAGUAUAAUUUCGUCACAUUCUUGCCUAAGUUUCUCUUUGAACAGUUCAGUAAAUAUGCCAACUUGUUCUUCCUCUUCACUUCCAUCAUUCAGCAGGUGCCUGGUGUGUCUCCCACAAAUAGAUUUACUACAAUUGGAACGUUAAUCAUUGUUCUUCUUGUUUCUGCGAUCAAGGAAGUCAUGGAAGACUUGAAGCGUGCCAAUGCAGACAAGGAAUUGAACAACACCAAGGUGUCCGUUCUAGACCCAAACACGCGAGAGUUUCUGUCGAAAAAGUGGGUCAAUGUUGUUGUAGGUGACGUAGUGAAGGUUCACAAUGAGGAGUCUUUCCCAGCAGACCUCUUGAUCCUCAGCUCUUCUGAGCCUGAGGGUUUGUGUUACAUCGAGACAGCAAAUCUUGACGGUGAGACGAAUUUAAAAAUCAAACAGGCUAAAACAGAGACUGCUCCUUUAGUGAGUCCUGCGUCAUUGGUUGAUGAACUCUCCAACGCAGAGGUGCUCAGUGAACAGCCAAAUUCUUCCUUGUACACUUAUGAAGGUACUCUACAGAACCUAAGAUCACACAACAAACUUCCAUUCUCCCCUCAACAACUUCUUUUAAGAGGUGCUACGCUAAGAAACACGCAAUGGAUACACGGCUUGGUAAUUUUCACCGGCCACGAAACGAAGUUAAUGCGGAAUGCAACUGCAGCUCCGAUCAAGAGAACUGAUGUAGAAAGAAUUAUCAACCUUCAAAUUGUUGCAUUAUUCUCCAUCUUGAUCACACUUUCUUUGGUAUCCACUAUUGGAAAUCUUGCUAUCAGUAAAGCACAGGAAAACUCCUUAUCUUAUUUAUACAUUGAAGGCACAAAUCUUGCCAAGGUCUUCUUCAAAGAUAUUCUCACUUUUUGGAUUUUGUUUUCGAACUUGGUGCCCAUUUCGCUUUUCGUCACGGUAGAAAUUAUCAAGUACUACCAAGCCUAUAUGAUUGGAAGUGAUUUAGAUAUCUACUAUGCCGAGACAGAUACGCCAACGGGUGUUAGAACAUCUUCUUUAGUUGAAGAACUAGGCCAGAUUGACUAUAUUUUCUCUGAUAAAACCGGCACUCUUACUAGAAACGUGAUGGAGUUCAAAUGUUGCACGAUCGGUGGUAAAUGUUAUAUUGAGGAGAUUCCAGAAGACGGACAUGUUCAAUUGAUUGAUGGAGUCGAGAUGGGCUUCUACAAUUUUGAAGAGAUGCAAGCACAUUUGAGAGAACCCAAUUCUCAGCAAGCUGCUAUUAUAAAUGAGUUCUUCGUUUUGUUGAGUACCUGCCACACAGUGAUCCCUGAAGUUAAUGAAAAGGAUAACACAAUCAAAUACCAGGCAGCAUCUCCAGAUGAAGGAGCUUUGGUGCAAGGCGCUGCCGACAUGGGCUAUGAAUUUAUUAUUCGUCGUCCAAAAGGUGUAACUAUACAAGUGAAUCACUCGAAUACUACUGCUGAAUAUGAGUUGCUCAAUAUUUGCGAGUUUAACUCAACGAGAAAGAGAAUGUCCGCUAUCUUUAGGUGUCCAGACGGUGUCAUUCGGUUAUUCUGUAAGGGUGCUGAUACUGUGAUUUUGGAGCGUCUCUCUCAAGAAGACCCUCAACCUUUUGUCGAAGCUACUAUAAGGCAUUUGGAAGAUUUUGCGUCUGAAGGUUUGCGUACCUUGUGUAUUGCUUCACGAAUUGUUUCUGAUUCUGAGUACAAUUCGUGGGCUGAACAAUACUACGAGGCUUCUACUGCUCUUGAAGAUCGCAGUGACAAAUUGGAUGCCGUAGCAGAAUUGAUUGAAAAGGAUUUGUUUCUUCUUGGAGCCACAGCCAUUGAAGACAAAUUGCAAGACGGAGUUCCUGAAACAAUACACACCUUGCAGAACGCUGGUAUCAAAAUCUGGGUUCUCACAGGUGACAGACAGGAAACUGCAAUUAAUAUUGGUAUGUCCUGUAAACUUUUGAGUGAGGACAUGAAUCUUCUUAUUAUCAACGAAGAGUUCAAGGCUGAUACAAAGCAAAAUUUGGAAGAGAAACUCGCGGCGAUCCGUGAGCACCAGACCGAAAUGACUGAUUCAGCUCUAGACUCUUCAUUGGCGCUUAUCAUUGAUGGGCACUCUUUAGGCUUUGCCCUCGAAUCAGACUUGGAAGACUUGUUCAUCGCUUUGGCCACAAGGUGUAAGGCCGUGAUCUGUUGCCGUGUGUCUCCACUUCAAAAAGCACUUGUGGUCAAAAUGGUUAAAAGAAAGAAGAACCGCUCUCUUCUUUUGGCAAUUGGCGAUGGUGCGAAUGAUGUAUCGAUGAUUCAAGCUGCUCAUGUUGGAGUGGGUAUUAGUGGAAUGGAAGGUAUGCAAGCUGCACGCAGUGCUGAUAUUUCUAUUGGCCAAUUCAAGUACUUGAAAAAGUUAUUGUUGGUUCAUGGAUCCUGGUCGUACCAACGUAUCUCUAACGCCAUUCUCUACUCGUUCUACAAGAACGUUUGUUUGUACAUGACUCAGUUCUGGUACGUGUUCACCAAUGGCUUUUCCGGACAGUCGUUAAUGGAAUCUUGGACAUUAACCUUCUACAAUGUGCUUUUCACCGUGCUUCCUCCAUUCCUCAUGGGUGUCUUUGACCAGUUCGUGAGCGCUAGACUCUUGGAUCGUUACCCACAACUAUAUCAAUUGGGUCAACAAAGAAAAUUUUUUAACGUCACCAUUUUCUGGGGUUGGAUCAUCAACGGAUUCUAUCAUUCGGCUGUGAUAUUUACUUGUAUGAACUUGAUCUAUAGAUUUGCCAACUACCUUCCAGAUGGGCAAGUUGCGAACAAUUGGACUUGGGGAACAAUGCUUUACACAACCGCGACACUUACCGCCUUAGGUAAAGCCGCUCUUGUUGUGACGUUGUGGACCAAGUUCACGGUAAUCUUCAUUCCGGGAUCGUUCUUGCUUUGGUUGGUCUGGUUUCCCGCUUAUGCGACCAUUGCACCAUUGAUCAAUGUUUCCAAGGAAUAUCGUGGAGUUUUGGCGCACACAUAUCCCUCUUUGACAUUCUGGGCAACGAUUUUUGGUGUUGCCAUAUUGUGUUUGCUCAGAGACUUUGCUUGGAAGUUCUACAAAAGAAUCCACAGCCCUGAGAGCUACCACUACGUGCAAGAAAUUCAAAAGUAUAAUAUUCAAGACUACCGCCCAAGAAUGGAGCAGUUUGAAAAGGCUAUUAGGAAGGUGAGACAGGUUCAAAGAAUCAAGAAACAAAGAGGUUUCGCAUUUUCUCAAGUCGAUGACCAGAACUUGGAGAAGAUCGUCAGAUUGUAUGAUACUACAAAGAAGAGAGGAGCUUAUGGAGAAUUGAGCGAGAGCCACUGA